UCCGUAUCAUUUUAUGUAAAUUUAAAUGAUUUUUGUCAAAUAAUCUGAACGAUUCUCGAUGCGAUAUUGUGUGCGAAGAGAUUCAAAAUCCUUCUCGUGAUAAGUGUAAGUGUAAAAAAGUGUAGCAUAUCGUUGAACAAAUUACCAACAUCGAUUUCAUUGGUAAAGCAGAAUGUUUGUUUACGAAAAAGUGGCUUUUCUUCCUACGUCACAAAUCCAGCCGCUUUGUUGACGUUUCAUCGCGCAAGCUGUCAAAAAGUGAAUAAGAGCAAAAAUAAGGUGUUUACUACACCGAACGUGUGCUGUUGUUGUUGGGGGGAAAAAUCGUAAAAUCUGUUGCAAAAAAGCGAUCCAAAAUGCCUCUUAUUGUGCUUACCGGCUUACCGCGCAGCGGAAAAACAUCCCGUGCAAAAGAAUUGGAAAAAUAUUUCACCGAACAAGGCAUGGGGCCCAUAUUCGUCGUGUCGGAGGCGGACUGUAUCGCGCGGUCCGGGUACGGCGUUAAAGAAAGCUUUACCGAUACGGCGAAGGAAAAACAAAUCCGCUCCAGUCUAAAAUCGGAAGCGAUGAAACUGACGACCAGCACAAAGCUGGUCAUCCUGGAUGGAGCGAAUUACAUUAAGGGCUACCGGUACGAAGUGUUUUGCAUGAGCAAGGCGGCACGUACCACCCAGUGUACGGUGUACUGCGCCAUGACGGUAGAGCAGCGCGAGGCUCGAAGGAACGAGAUUCUACAGAACGAGAGCGAUGAGCUAGGCAUCGAAGCGUUUGAUGCGCUCUGCCAACGGUACGAGGAACCACAGGGUAACAGCCGCUGGGAUCUGCCCCUGUUUACUGUGUAUGGUGGGGAAGAGCUGGAUCUUGCCGGCAUUAAAAGCGCUCUGUACGAUAAAGCACCGUUGCCACCGCAUUUGGCCACACAAAACAUGCCGCUAAGUGAAACGAAUUUUCUGUUCGAGCUGGAUAAAACGAUUCAGAAGAUCAUCGACCAGAUCGCUGACGCCCGGAAGCUUGGUAACGAGGGCCCGGUGGAGAUAGCUCAGGCAGGAAUGACCGCGGACGUGCCGGCUAAUAUGAGCAUAGCGCAGCUGUACCGCCUUCGAAGGCAGUUUUUAAAUUACGUUAAAAUGCACGCAAACGUUAGCUCCGAUGUUAGUAAAAUACCGGCAAUCUUUGUACAAUUUCUCAACACACAUACGAACGGUGCAUAAAUAAACCUGACGUGCCCCUGAA